CUUAAGGCACUGUGGCUCCAAUGGCGGCUUCCCAGCUGGCUGCACUGGAAGGAGAGGGAUUGGAGGCUGGUGAGACAGCCCUGACCAAGGCCAGCUCUGGCUUCUUGUACUCUGAGGGCCAGCGGCUAGCUCUUGAAGCAUUGCUGAGCAGUGGGGAAGAGGCCUUCAGGACCUGCGUGCAGCAGGAGAGGUUGCCCCCAUUUCUGAGUGCAGAUGAGGCUCAGGCCCUGGCUGCAGCUGCUGAAGACUGGACAGUCCCAAGCCAGGAGCCAUGUGGAGCAGGCACUGCUGCCACCGAUGGGAAUACUGGCAGCCUAACCUACUGGCCUGGGCAGUCUGAGGAACCGGCACCCGUGCUGCGGCUAGGCUGGCCUGAGGAUACUGCCUGGAAGGGUAUCACCCGAGCUCAGCUCUACACCCAGCCACCAGGCGAGGGUCAGCCAUCUAUUAAAGAGUUGGUACAUCAGGAGAUCCAGGCUGCUCACAAGCUGGUGGCCAUAGUCAUGGAUGUCUUCACCGACCCUGACCUGCUCACAGACAUGGUGGACGCCGCCACACGUCGAUGGGUACCUGUCUAUUUACUGCUCGACCUCCAGCAUCUGCCUGCCUUCUUGGCACUAGCCCAGCAGCUGGGGGUGAACCCCUGGACCACUGAGAACCUGGACAUCCGGACUGUGCAGGGCCACACCUUCCAGACGCGCAGGCGACGGCAGGUGAGCGGCCGUGUGCGGGAGAAGUUCCUGCUGCUGGACGGUGACAGGGUCAUCUCGGGAUCCUACAGCUUCACGUGGAGUGACUCACGCCUGCACCGGGGCCUGGUGACCUUGCUCACAGGGGAAAUUGCGGACGCCUUUAGCCAGGAGUUCCGCGUGCUGUAUGCAGCCUCCAGGCCGCUUCCGCCAGCACCGGCUCGAAGCCCCUUGUUCAGCCCUUCCGAGGGUCCGCAGCUGCCCCGAAGCCCACACCGUGUGGCCUUGCGCUGUCCUGUGGCCCCUGUGGCUCCGUUGCUGUCUGACAAGCCUUUGGCCCACCGCCUGGCCGCCUGUCACAUCCUUGAAGGGGACAGACGGGAGACCCGCCCCACCACAGGGUCAGCUCUCAGUGACAUCUUGAGGAGUGUACAGCGUGCGAGGACAGCCAGUGGUCCCCCAACCAGGCCCAGCCGUUCCCUAUGGGACCUCAGCUGCCUGUCCCAGCUCUCUGGCUCCAGUGAUGGUGACAAUGAGCUCAAGAAGUCCUGGGUCUCCAAGGACACCCCAGCCAGGGCCCUGAUGAGGCAGCGAGGCACUGGAGGGGGGUCCAGGGGUGAGAUGGAUUCCCACCCACCAGCUCGGUCCCAGCCCUGGGGUGGCCCCUUCCAUGCCAUUCCAGCCCGCCGCCUGCAUUAUCUAUCCCCAGCCCAAAGGAGGCUGGGAGACAAUGCCACAUCUGACUGGGCCUCUGGCCCUGGAAGGCGACGCUGA